AUGGCUGAUGAUAACCCUGCAGAUGCUUCAUCUGCAAAGCCUGAGGCCAAGCCCGUCAAUUGCAAUAUCUGCAACAAGUCGUUUCCCCACAAAGGCUCACUCAGGCGUCAUCGGCAGAGCAAACAUCCUGUCAAGAAAGAAGCAGACGCGACUCAGCCAGGACAAGACGGUGAAGCUGCUAGCACUUUUGAUUGCGCGCUCUGCAAACAGUCAUUUCCGCGUCAGUCCUCACUGACGCAGCAUCAGCGGAGCAAGCAUGGUCCCCGAAAGCCUGAAGUCCCAAAUACUUCUGCCACGCAAACUCAAGCCCAAGCUGCGGAGACUCAGCCAGAAGCAUCUCCUUCUGCCAAACAAGAAGGCGAUAAAAGCCAAGGAAGUAAGGCCACUUGUUCAAUCUGCAACACGUCUUUCAGUCAUCGAGGUGCCCUGCACCAGCACAAGAGAACCAAGCAUCGUACUGUGAAAACGGAUGCCGAUACUCCCACCAAGGAAGAAGACAAGACCCCAGAUGCCGAACAAAAAACAAUCAACUGUGAUAUUUGCGACAAGUCGUUCACCAGCCGAAAUUCACUCCGAAGGCAUCUAAAGAGCAAGCAUACCUCAGAUAAGAAAGGCAAGGGUCCAGGAAAGAGUUCUGCGCAAGGUGACAAGGCAGCUGGCUCCUCAAAGCAAGUGCAUGCGACGCUGAAGGAGCGACAUAUUGCUGGAUCUCAGAAGUUCAAAUGCUUUUGUUGCAAUGAGAACUUUCCUUCUGAGGAUGCUCUUAUGAAGCAUCAAGCAGAGCAACGUCUCGAAGCCAUGAAAAAGGUGAUGGAGAAUAUGGCCAUGGUUGCCUCUGGUAUGAGAGUAUCAAAUGGGCAAGAUGACUCGGAUGAGGAGAGUGAGGCGCCAGAGCUCGUCGAAGAGACCGCUGCAGAAGAGAAGAAAGCCACAAACGUACAUCAAUGCACCCUUUGCGACAAGAGCUUCCGUUUCAAAUCUGCUCUCGUGCAGCAUGGACUCAUCAAGCAUGCAGCGGCGGACGAUACUGUUGCAGAGAGUUCAGGCCAAGGAGCAAACGCAACUGCUGGAGGCAAGAAAGCAGAAGCCGUUGACGAGGAUGAUGAGGAUAAGCCCUACUGUCAGACCUGCCAAAAGACAUUCCGCCACGCUAAAGGACUUGCGGAUCAUAAACUCAACAAACAUGGCAUCGUCGAUCCCGAACCAUCCUCAAACUCAAAGCAAGGCGUACCUGAAAACCCAACUUUCAGGUGCAGACCUUGUAACAAGACCUUCCGUCUUGCGUCUGCACUUCGUCAGCAUCAGCGAGACAGCCAUCCCGAGAUGCACAGACCGAGAUACUCAGAGGAUGAAAUAAUGAGACAAUUACUGCGAAUGGCAGUCCCGCCGUUUGGUGAUGAUGGCGAUGAUUAUGAGGACGAGGAUUAUGAAGACUAUGAUGACGACGAUGAUCCUUUCUCAUACCCUGGCCAUAGAGGACACCCGUUUGACUUCCCGGCUGGUAUUCAACCUGGCGAUAUAUACGACUCAGACGAUCUGGGUUAUGGCUAUCCUGGCUUUUCAGAUGAGGAUGAUGACGACGAUGAAGAUGAUUCCGACAUCGACAUGGAGAAUGAACGAGGCCCCCCAACGCUCUGCACACACUGCAAUGAGAAUUUUCCGCAGAUGUUACUGGUGGCACAUCAAUGGCAUGUCCACGGUAUCAGCCACCCAGCUCUCGUCGAUGUUCAAGCCAAGAUCGCAAAGGACGAAUCCUACGGCCUCAAGCGCACCGUCUGCACGAGCUAUCCUGAUGCGAAGGAAUUCCCCUUCUUCUUUGAAAUCAAGUAUUUACUAAGAGAUUGCCAAUUCAGCUGUGGGCAGUCCUUUGAAACUGGCACCGAACGCAUGAACCAUGAGCUGGAGGCUCAUAAUCGUUGCAUCACAUGUGAGGCCUACUUCCAGACCCGGCCCGCUCUCGAGAAUCAUCAGGCCAAAUCCAAAGUCGUCGAUACCGUCGUCAGAGAUUUCGACCACUGGCUUGAAUUCGCCGUCCCCGCACAAGUACACCACGAGAAGCAGAAAGCAAAAGCAGCUCGUAAUCCCAACUCCGACAAAAACAUCGGCUGCAUCACCUGUGACCGCAAGUUCAACAAGGCAUCUACAAUGAUGAAACAUGUUGAGAAUGGGAGAUGUAUCCCUGGCGUGAAUCAGAUGGAUAUAUUUGUCCUCGGACAGAAAUUCGCUGAGGCCACUUUGACCAUCAUGGCCGCUUCAGAGCUGUUAGGUCUCAUGAAGUAUCAUGCUGAAGACAACGAAAAGGCUGCAAAGAAAUGUACACCUUGGGGGUUUUGGGAUAAGCUUGACAUAGAAGACCAGAGACCCAGCGCCAGCAGCUACGUCUUCUUCAAGGCAUAG